AUAAACUUUCACCUUUGAACUUUCAAAAGCAACCUGACGUUCGCCACUUUGCUUAAUGUAAAAAUACUAGUUUCGGAAGAUAAUGUUCAAUGUUAGUUUUCUUGAUCAUGAAACUUUGACACCAUCUGAUUAAGUUCUACUAACAGACGUAAGUCGAACAGUUUAUCUCAAAAGCGUUCAAGUUUCAAAUGAAAUCAUACAAUUUUGAAAGUGCGGUACAGGCUCAACCACAAAAGUUAUGACUAUCACUAUCACUUAUCACUCAGACUAUCCUUGGGCCUUGGACUAUAUAGAUUCUAUAGUCUAUAUAAUUAAUAAUAAUUAUAAAUAAUAUAAUAUAUUGCUCAUUUUCUAUUUAAUAAAUGAAUUAAAUGUAUCUUUAUUAUUACUUAUUUACUCCGUUUUUAUGUCAGUAAAGAGAGUGUACUAGUAGAAGUAGUAGUAAGUAGUAAGUAGGCCUAAACUAAGUAAAGUAAGUAGGCUAAACUCAGUAAUUAUAUUAGAAAGUAAGAAGCCUAAGCCUAAACUAAGACCUAGUUUGAAACCAAUUUCAGACUCAGUUUUAACCUAUGAAGUCAAUGAAGUUAAAGAAUGAAUAGAUUCUGAUUGGUUUGGCUGUUCAAAGAUUUUGGACAAAAAGACAUAUUUCUUAUACUUAUAAAGUAAGAAAGUAGUUGAAAGUAAUACCCAACCCAAUGCCAACACACUAAAUAUUGCUUUUCAGACUUCAACUUGUGGGAUACCCAGUCCCAGUGGCAUGUUGUUGUUUUGGUGUUAUUCUGUCCAUUUCAACCUUUCAACCGGUUUAAAUUGUACCGGGACGGCAUCACUGGGAGUUACAUUUGGUAACGUGCUAUACAGUUGGAGAUACAUCAGUUUUUUUCUCCCUGUUUGGUUUCUUGGGCACUUUGCAAACAUUUUCUUCUUCUUCUUAUAUAUAUUAAGGGUCCAUGAUCAUUAUGGCUCCUAUGCAUGUAGAGGGGAUUUGCAAUGUUUCUGUGCCUGGCGUUGAUGAGGAUAUUUCACUGGUUGCAAGGGCUACUUAGUGAGUGUAUCAUGCACUGGGGGUUGGAAGGCCUGAGGCAAUAGACACAAAUGUUUCAAGUGUUGUCACCUCAACUGUUCCUUUUGAAAGCUUGUUCCAGCCCCUGAUUGUUUUUGGCAGGAAUGAGCAGAUCCUAUACUGGCUUCUUGCUGGUAUGAGCCGGAACUGCCUUUCAUGGCCUUGUUGCUGUCUAUGGGGGAGAGGUGCAAGUUUCUGUUUAAUGCUGGAGCAGUGGACCAACCCAUUAUUUAUCUUGUACAUCAUGGAGAGCCUGGAUAGUUGUUGUCGUUCCUCCAAUAGUGACCAGCCCAAUGUUUCCUGCAUGUUUCCAACACUAGAGGUAUUCCUGUAGUGGUUCUGUACAAAGCGAGCUGCUCGUCGCUGGACCGCCUCCAACCUGUCGAUGCUCAUCUGGGUAAAUAAGUCCCAGACUGAAGAUGCAUAAUCUAAAAGCGGCCGUUCAAAGGCUUUAUAGGCUCUUUCUUGCACACUGGAGUUGCUGAUCUUUAGAUUACACCUUUAGAACCCCAGUGUCUUGUUUGCCUUGUUACACACAUUGUUAAUAUGCUCGUCUCAGCGGACUUCUCUUUGAAUGGUAACACCCAGGUACCUUACGAAAGAAAAUGGCUCAAGUAUAUGGCCAUGCAGUUCAUAAUGGUAGCGUAGUGGAGUAAAACUUCUAGAGACUGAUAGUGUCUGGCACUUGGCAGGAUGAAAUUCCAUGUCCCAGCUCAUCUCCCACUCAGCUAACCAAUUGAGAUCCUGUUGUAGCUGGUCCUGGUCUGAUCUAUUGGCGAUCAUCCUUUAUACCGCCAUGUCAUCUGCAGACAGUCUUGCUUGGUAUGUCAGUUUCUCGGGUAGGUCAUUAAUGUAUGCUAGGAACAAACGGGGGCCUAGCACCGAGCCCUGGGGUACCCCUGACUUAACACUGACAAAGGAGGAGCUUGUACCGUCCACCACUAUUGCUUGGCAUCAGUUGCUGAGGAAGCUAGAGAUCCAUGUUUUAGUGGUGCCUUGGAUCCCAUAUCUCUGAAGUUUGUGUAGAAGCAAACUAUGAUUGACAUGGUCAAAUGCCUUUGAGGAGUCCAUCACCAGCACGUCAGUUUGCUUGCUGUUCUCCAGAUUGGUCAUCAAGUCUUCUACAAAUUCAAGGAGCUGGGUCUCACAUGAUCUAUUGAAGCCAUGUUGACAGUCAUUGAGUAUAUUUUAGCUUUCAAGAUGCUUCAUGACUGCGGUUACGAUUAUGUGCUCCAACAGUUUGCAUACUACGCUGGUGAGGAAUAUCAGACGAUAGUUGGCAGGGCCGUAGUGCUCCCCUUUCUUGUAGAUUAGAGUGACAUGCCCUGUUCUCCAGUCUGCUGGAACAUUGCCUGUGCACAGCGACGACUGGAAGAGGAUUGUCAGUGCAGGAGCGAUUUCUUUGGCUAAUUCUUUGAGCAUUAUUUUUUUGGAGCUCAUUCCUUCUCUUAGUGGCACACCUUAACGAAAUGAAAAUGCCACACGACAAACUCCUAAAAUUCCUCCCCACCCCUAAAACAUAUUUGGAAUACAUUUGUUGGUUUUUAUUAUUUAAAAUAAUUCUUAGGAUUAUAAAGUGUUAUCAUCUCCAAUGUUAAUAAUAUUUAAAAUAUCUUUUUACCAAGUAAUGAAUUUCAGAUCAAAUUUUUUAAGUCAACACAUGAUGCAGCUGUUUGGACCCAAAAUCUGAUCUAUCUUUAUUUGGAAUUUUCUUCAGUCCUUUUGUGUCAUAUUAUUAGAAAAUGCCCCUGAUAAAAGACAGUUUAACCACUCUUAUGAGUCUGUUAGAAACAUACAGAGGAAGAGACAGGAUCAUUCGACUCCUAACAUAUGCAGCUAUGUACAUGGGAGGAGAUGGGAAGACACCCGUUCAAGUCAAAUGGAGAAUAGUUUCAUCAGAAAUGAGUGGCUGCCGUGUGAUCCUUAGACUCUUUGAUGAUCUCUCAAUGCUUCUCUACAAUUUGUCAAGCAAUUUCGGCUUCAAAGUUGGUAGUCAAUUAAGAUAAUGCCUGCAGUGGCCUAUUAUAAUGCAUUUUAAUUAGAAACAAGAUUUAAUUUAAUUUUUAACUAGGAACAAGAUUUAAUUUUUAACAAAUAUCUUACAUACUAUUAAAAGUUUUUAAAAAUGUGUUUUUAUGAACUAUGAGCUUGAAAACAAAUUUGUUACUUUUUUAGUUUCUAAAACAUAUAUGUUAUGGAACCUGAUUUCAAAGUUUAAUUUUUUAUUUUAGGAAAAAGGAGUUCUGAAGCCUCUGGAAGUCUUCAUUGCCAUCUGCAAUCAACUCUACUACCCUUCAGAACACAUAUCAUGGCUCAGACAGAAGAACAUUUUAAAUGGAACACCAACCGUUUUUUCACUUUUUGGCCUCCUAUUCUGGACACUGGCUUUAUUUGGAGAAAUUAUUAAGUUAGCACAUUAUAUUUAUACAGGUGUUGUUGAAUCAGUUUAGUUUGGUUAGAAAUUAUACCACUUCGGUGUUCUUUAAAUCAGAUUGCUGGACAGCAUUCAGAUUUAUAUAUAUGCAAUAUAUAUCAGCAGUCAGCAUUAUUUUUAUGUAAUUUAUUACUACAAAUUAUGAGCUUGCAUUAUUUUAUUACUUUGACAAGUAAAAUCUGAAAUAUAAUAUCUUAUGAGGUCUCAAAUAAAUCUCAAGGCCACUAUCCCAGCUUAUUCUGAUAAUAGCAAAAUUUUGGAUCCUACUUCAUUACCUUAUACUAAAAUUUGUGUGCAUAAAGAUAAAAGCAAAAUUAUUGAUCCUUCUUUAAAUCCUUUUCAUAAUCCCACACUGUCCUUACUGAUUAAAUUUGACUGGCUCUAAUGUAAUAUCUUUUUCAGGUCUAUAAUAAAAAUCAGAUUGUUGAAUACUCAGGCGAAGAAUCUAAUCAAGCAACAACAGUUGGAUAAAGACAGGUAAACAAUAAUGUUUUUUAAGGGGGGGAGGGGGGGGGAUAUAUGAGGCCACUUGCAAAACCUGCUAUGUCACUUUUUUAAAGAAAAAAAAUGAGAUGUCCAUUAUGCCUGGUUUAUUAAAUAGUCUACAGUAUUUUGUGUACCUGUAUUUAAUGAAUAAAAAACUUGAUUUGUCAUAAAUGUCACUUUUAAAGGCGUCCCAUUUAAUUUCAUUCAUCUUUUCUGGUGAAUGAACUUAAGCUGACCCUGCGCUGGUAUUAGGGUGUGGCUUACUAAUUAUAAUCUCCCUUUGACAUCGGCUGCACCUAAACUCUAUGGUCUGUUUCAUGAUUCGAACCUUGUAGAAUAUUGUAGAAGCAGCGGGAAGCAAGUAAAAUGCGUAACCUUCUGUAAUUGUCUAAAGAAACAGACUAUAUAUGAAGACAAGAGAUUGAAUGACAGGGGACCAGAUGACGAGACAACUGACUAGAGUCAUUUUGCAAGUGUGCUAUUUUUGCUAGAGAGCUUUGUUUAUUGUGUGUGUAGAUUCCUUUUCAUCAUUUUACAUUUUAAAAAUAUUGUAUCUUCUUUUACACUGUACCAGUAAAAGCCAAUCAUUUUACUGUAAGUCAAUAGCUUUAAUUUGAUUUCUUUUUGAUUUUGUAAUUUAAAAUUAACAUAAUAAAACUUAUUAAUUGUAAUUAGCCCUGGUUUGAGUAUUGUAUUCUUCGCUAUUGUUUUUAACAUAUGGUAUCGUCUUUUUUUGUGUACUGUUUUAGAACGAGCCAUACAUUUAAUUAAAUAAGAGAAUAAUUUCUCCAUAAUGAUAAAAGUAUUUAAUAGUCACCAUAAAAAAAUAUAAAUCCUAAAUUCGCUAUAUAUAUAGUUAAUUUACAAAAAUAGCUUUUUCUCAAAAUCAACUAGCAGUUACUUAACAAGUUUUCCAAGUGGACUCCUCAUAUAUGGUUGGAAUUUUAGAGUUCAACAAUUGUUUUGAACAUUACACAAAAGAAAGAAGAAUUAAUAAAAAUUAAAAUAAAAAAAGAUAUAUUUCUGCGCCCCCAACAAUGGAAUUCUCUGCCACUACACACCCGCAAUGUACCAACCACAUAGGCCUUCUAAACACAUCUCUUUAAACUCACAACCCAGACUGAUUCCCCUCUCUGACCAAUAAAUGAUGCUGCUGGCUACCGUCCAUGGCUCGACAUGUAAAAGUUCUGGGGUGUGUGGGGUGUAUAUACAUUUGUUUUUUGUUGUUGUUAUACAGCUGUUCUUUAUUACGUAAAUGUAUUUAAUUUUAAUGUCACGAUAAUGUCUCUUUUGCUAAUAUUUUUAUGUACAGCACGGUGAGCCCAGCCCUAGGCUGGGGUACUUCGCUAUAUAAGACCACUAACUAAUAAUAAUAAUAAUAUGAAUUAAAAUAUAAGAGAAUUAACACAAAAUAUUGUUAAAAGGAAUUAAAACAUUUAAAUGUCUGAAAAAAAUAAUUUAAGUUCUCUUUUCCAAAAGUAAAGAUGGUGAACUGGUGAACUUUGAAUAUUGUAAAGCUUAUAUUUAUUAAAUUACUUUUUUUUUUUCAGUUUCGACUAUAGUUCUGCCCAAAAUGCUCAGAUAAAAGAAAGCUUGAAAAAACUAUCAGCAGAGAGGAAAGAUUUACUACUGCUUCUCAUACAAUAUGGCUCAGAUUUCACUAACGCCAUCUCCUGGUUUCCCCCUGGAAUAUUGUGGGCACAAAAAUUGAAACCUUCAUAUAAUGGAAUUCUGGGAAUGAUAGCAUCUUUCAUUAUGCUUUAUCGAAACUGGCCAUCCAAAACAUAAAACUCUUAACUCCAAAUUUUUAUAUUCUCAUGUAAGUGCCUACAUUACAAAAGUUUUUUGUUUAGAAAAAUAUAACAAAAAAUCAAACUGCUAAUACUAAUCAAUUGGCAAAUCGUAUUUUAAUAUAGAAUUUUUUGCCAAUUUUAAAAUGCUGAGUUUUUAUUGGAUUUGUUAAAAAAAAAAAAGUGCUAUCAAAUCUAAAAAAUGAAGUGUUGUUAUCAGUUAUCAAAAUGAAUAUCAAGCAAGCUGUGAUCUAGAUAUCUUUCGGAUCACAAAAAUUAUCAGAUGGGAAAAACUAAGUAUUGAAACCCUUACUUAAUUCUCUACCAGCUGAUAUUAAAUUAAUAGAUUGUUACAAUGACUGACCUAUCCUGCUGUUAUUAGAUGUUGGGUUCAAAACCAAAGCAAAUGUCAUCUUAAAGAAAAGCAUUGAAUUUUUUCCAGGCGUAUUUACAUGGACUAACAAAAUAAUUUCAAUGAUCUGUCUAUAAUUCUUUUUGACUAAAUGCAGUAUUUAAUAUAGCUGCACCAAAUAAAGUGCGUAAAUUUAAAUUUAUUGUCUUCCAGAACUAUAUACUAUAAUGUCAUGCGCUGUGUAUGUAAAAUAUUGUUAUUGAUUUACUAAAAUUAUGGAGGAAAAGGUCUUUUCGAUAAUCCAACCCUUGUUUUUUCCCUCUCCCAUUAACUGAAUGUGACUCAGUGGACAUAAUAUCAAUUUAGAGUACACAUUAACUGAAUUUCUUUUAACUAGGAGCAGUGUAUGGGAGUAAGUUGGAAAUCAUAGGGAAAUGUUAUGGGGAAACCAAGGUAGUGGGACAUGGUUUAGGGAAGGAGGCUUUGACUUAUGAGAUGAAGGGAGGGCCAGUUUACUGGUGUAUCGUGGAAAGUUGGGAGUCUAAAGGGGGGGGGGGUGUAAUGUGAGGAUUUUAUAAAUGGCAGUUAUGGGUCAUCAAGUAUUUACAUAUGGGCUAUUUCAACCUGCAAAAUUUUUCCACCGUUGCUGACGGGCACUUGCCACUGGAUCAGAAUUAAUGUAAAACUGUUCUGGUAUGAUACUUGGUAUUUCAGUAAAAACUGGAUCAGAAUUAAUGUAACUGCUCUGGUCCAUACUUGGUGUUUCAAUAAAAAUAAAACAUCUUUUAAAAUCUUUUCCUGAUGUCAAGUCUAUGUAAGUAGAUACACCAUUUAUUUAUUUCCAACCGCUCAAUAUAUUGAUUUGAUUCUUUGCUCAUGCUGUAAAAUGUCCAAACAAAAGAGCAGAGUUCUUUUGUCAUUUCUGUGCAAUUAAGCUGUUCAAUGACAAACUCAUGAGCUACAUCAUUAAAAAAAAUCAAACAAAUGACAUGAUAAAAUUUAAUUCCAGUUAAGCUUACCACUUAAGAGUUAGCUUGUAAAAUAUUUAUUACCACAUUUUCGACUAUUUUCUGGAUCUAAAUUAUAGCAUUAGGAGGUUUACCUACAAUUCCUCUUAGUUGAAGCAGCUCAUAACUUGCUUCAAUUGGGCCCAAACUGAAUAGGAAGUUGAUACAGCUGUAAUAUAAUAUGUAAUCAUCUUAGUUUUGUAUACAAUAAACUAGACUGACACACCCAUCAGUGAAAUAGACAAAUGCAUUUGUGAAGAAGUGCAAUAAGAGAAUCAAUUUUGUCUCAUGUGGUGGUGCAUCUUACAGGGUGACACCACUGACAGACAUUUUGGAAGUGCUUGUGAUUGUUUAUCAGUAUCAGAUUUGUAUGUCCUAUCAAAAUUGGGACCAAUCAAGAUUAUUUUAACCCAUCCUGGAUAUGUGCUAGUAUUCUCUGUAUGUUCAUGAUUAUGUCUACUUCUGUGGAUAAGAGUUUAUAUCAAAUUAAACAGAUUAUUUAUGACCUCUUAAUGGAAUAAAAUGUACAAAAUAAUGUUUGCUUUCUUAAAAUGUG